GCUGCCGUGGCGGAUAUACAAUCUUCAAGGUCUGAAGUUUCAGUCUGCUCCAAUUCAUACCAUAAGUAUCUUUGUCAUGUUGCAAACACACCCCAUUCGUAUGCUAUUGACGAGUGUCAACGACUUUCUCUGUUCUUCGUUCCUACAUACUUCGUACACAUCCCCCUACUCUGCGUUCCACCGUAUCCAAAGUCUGCUAUUAUUUGGUCGUGGAGCUAGCUCCUUGUAUUUUUGAGUUCCUUCCAUCUUGACGAUAUCAUAGGAGUUAUCUCGUUUUUUAUCAGUCACUGCUUGGUUUACUUUUCAUAACAUUGCGAGGCCUUCAUACACUCAGAUACCUGCUACAUGCUACCCAUACUCGCGUUAUUCAAAUGUCAUUUGCGUUGCAUGGAAGCACAAGCUCCUUCCAUCCCACUAAAUCCUUGUCCUCUGGAGCAGCAACUUAUACCUAUACCUCUGACCCCACAUAUCCACAGCCAUGGUUUCCUGUGUUAUCCCUAUGGGCUGAUGGCGAAGUAAGUUGCGAUCGGCCAGAAAAUCAAUUCAUAUCUUCAUGAACACUUCGAUAAGCAAGAAGUUCCUUGUCUAUCUUGCUCAAUACUUUGUUGCUCUACGGCGGAUUGAUGGGCUUCCAGCGUUUCUACCACUGCACAAACAUUCAAUUUGAGAAGCGUAAGGCAAUGUUGUUACACAGAUCAGUCGAGCUCCUUGUUUUCAGUCAUUCUUGAAGACUUGAACGAACGCAUUCACACUGUUCGAUAUUGUUGUCGUCUUCAUGUCAUGGUUCAAGCAGCAUUGAGGUACUUCGCGUAUUCGCCACCAGGAUAUGUCAACAUCGCUUCGACAAGCGAGCUAUCUCAACCGUUCUCAAUUAGCAAGUCUUUGAUUUUGAUGUUGCCUUAUAGCACAGAUGUCGCUUUCUACUCAUCUUCAUCCCCACACUUACAGAGUUCCUCGCCUCAUUUCUGACUUCUCCUUCCAUUUAUUCAUAUCAUAGCCAUCACUUCAUCUGAUCAAUUCACUGUCUUUGGCAUGGUUGCUCCUUCAUCAAUUAUUUACGACGUGGUGGUUGCGUCUCCCUUUUGGCAAGACCUAUAUACUCCCAAUCAUCUCACAACUUUCAAUCUUAUGCAUUAGAAUAAACUAACCAUGGUUGUUCAGAUUACUACCCAGAUUUUCUCCUCCUUGAGUCCUCUCACCCCGAUCAUGACAAUGUCUCGCUAUACCAACUCCCCCAAUUCCUCUUUGCGAGAUGAGUCGGUUCAGAACACUCCCUACACGGCCUUGACGGCAUUCUCUCCGGAGGAUGUUCGCAUCCAACAGGCCUCUGCCAGUCGCUCUAGUAUGCCACCACCGGGUGCACACAAUGACCCCUUCGUCACUUCAACAAAGGCAGCCAAGGCUGAUCAGAAGCUCUCCGCAACUGCCUCGGCAUUCAAGCCUUUUGGAUUGAGAACAUCAUCAAUGGGUUCUACUCCCUCUACUUCCAGCAUCUCCGGACCAGUUCCUGGUACUACUCAGUACCUUGACGCUGUCAUUGAGAAGGAGAACAGUCCAUCUCGAAGAUCGAAUGACUCUGAUAUGAGCUUUGGUGUCUUCACCACUAGUACCAUGAUGUCCCGAAACAUCAAAGUCUCUAGCAUCAUGAAGAACGACGUCAUGCCGAUGAUUGAGGCUACGUGGAAGAAGUUGCAUCAAACUGGGAACCCUGUUCGAGGCAGUCACACGUUCCGAGAUCUUGGUGAUGUUGUCAUCAUCAAAUUGGGAAACAUCACCGAUGCUCCGACGGUCUACAACGCGCUAAGCAAAGAUCACGAUGAUAUCGCCGUUGAAUAUGUGUCAAUCAAUGUAUACAACAAGACUGCCUCUCCUCAAACAGAUACUGUCUCCGUCCAUCAAGGUCAAGUGGCUCUUCGAGUCAAGUAUCCCUCUGGACGUGGAUCGAACAAGGUACAGUUUGAGAAGAAUAUUCGAGACCUUUUGGCUGUUGAGGGCUCAAUUGUUGCUUGGCAAAAGAUGGCAGCCACUGAGGCGGGGGUGUUUCACCUCAUUGCCGAGUUCAAUGAUGCAUGCCAUGCGGUUCGAGCCAUGCAACGUCUCAACAAUAUGAACCUCACCGAUGCUGUCGACCCUUGCAUGAUUUCCAUCACUCUCCACGAGCCGGACAAGGUAUCCACGGCACCAAUUCCACGGUCUGCUCCUACUUUCACGCCAACCCGCCGAUCUGGACCUUCAGGAGACCAGAGUAGCAUCAUUGGAUCCAUGGGUAGUAUUUCCAUCAACAGCUCUCAGACAGCUCCAACGCAGAACGCUGCUGCAUAUACUGGUAACGCUGGCAACGCUGCGACUCCUAGCCCUAUGGGUUAUGGUCUUAACAAUGCCGGCUUUGGUGUGCCUCCUGGCAUGUUGCCGCUUGCAAUGAACAGUGUCUACUCUCCAGCUACUUUGGGUGCACCAGUCCAACAGUACGGUGUGGACGGAUACGGCCAAUAUCAACCCGCUGGACCACCACCAUUUUUCCAGCAAGGAUAUACCUCCAACAGCAUGGUAUCGUAUGCUCCGCGCGCCAAUGGCUAUGGACCGCAGUUUCCCUCUGCCGGUCCACGCUUCCUUGAGAACAACUUCCGUUCUGGCCCCAGACAGAACAACUACUACCACCCUCGUGGUGAUGGACGGUGGGAUGGCCGCUACGAUAUGAUUCGGUACGGUGGUAACCGACACAUUGGUCCUCGUAGCCCCAGACCGAACCAAGCCGGUGGGCAGCAUAACCAUGUCGACAUUGAGAGAAUCCGUGCAGGUAUCGAUGUUCGCACUACAGUCAUGCUUCGCAAUAUUCCGAACAAGGUUGAUCAAGCUAUGCUAAAGGAGAUUGUUGACGAGUCAAGCUAUGGUAAAUACGACUUCAUGUAUCUUCGUAUCGACUUUAGCAACAACUGCAACGUUGGAUAUGCUUUCAUUAACUUCCACGACCCUCUGGACAUCAUUACGUUCGUUGAGACCAGAUCAAACCAAAAAUGGCAGCGCUUCCGCUCCGACAAGGUUGCUGAAGUCUCCUAUGCCACAAUCCAGGGCAGAGAUUGUCUUAUCCAGAAGUUCCGCAAUUCUUCGGUUAUGUUGGAGCCUGAACACUAUCGUCCAAAGCUAUUCUUCAUCCUCCAGGAUGGUGAGGAGCUUGCUGGCAAGGAAGAGCCAUUCCCACCUUCCGACAACGCCUCGAAGUUGAAGAGAUCGUGUGAGAAUGCUGAGCAUGUUGGUCUCUUCGCUCCUAGUGCUGGACAGCACUUCCGUGAUGAGCAGCGCCGUCGUCGCAGCCAAUACGACCGUGGUACUAGUCUCGCUGAGCGCGAUGAGUACUACGAUGAAGGCCUUUACUUGGGCUAUCCCAACUACUAAUGUCUUGCAUAGAACAAGUCAUUGUUCUGCUGGGUUCUUGGACUCGGGACUUGGGCCAUCUUAGGCACAUUUCUUGUGACGGACAUCUAGGCAGGAUGGUCAAUUUGGUGGACUGACCUUAACAUCUUGCACGACCGGUUUGGCAAGAUUUUUUUUUGACAAUUGAGUGAUCUGGUUUGGCUUUUGUUCCAGAUCACCAACAUCAAACAUAAUAUUUGCUUGGCUCAAGGAACACUACAUAUCUCGUUGCUUUUUCACCAUACCAGACCCCAUCAUACUGAUUAGGGCAUUUUUCAUAGCUGAGAAUUGGUGGCUAAUGGUUGCCUGAUAGAUAGUCAAUACAUCUUCUUGACUUUCUA